AUGUUCAUUAAAGUAGUUAUCGUCGCUGUCGCGCUGGUCGCGGUGAACGCGCACUAUCUCGGACAAAGUUACGGUCUCGCCGUUUCUUCUCAGUCGAUCAUCCGACAUGACGUAUCCCAUGACCAACAUAACUAUCACCAUGUCCACGCAGCGCCACUCCAUCACUCUGUUUCCAUAAUUCAUCCAGUGAUUCACCACGCUGCUCCCGUGGUUCACCAUGCUCCCAUCCACCACAGCGAACAACAGGACUCACACGACUCUUACGACCACCAGGAUUACUACGCACACCCCAAAUACGAAUUCAAUUACAAGGUAGCGGAUCACCACACCGGUGACAUCAAGUCUCAGCACGAAGCUCGUGACGGCGACCACGUCACAGGCUCCUACAGCCUGCACCAGCCCGAUGGUGCCGUGCGCACCGUACAUUACAACGCUGACAAGCACAGCGGGUUCAACGCUCAAGUGCAUUACUCCGGUCACUCACAACACAUCCAACCUGCUCACCAUGCUCAUCCCUACCUCUACUAA